AUGUUCGAUCCUCGUCCGUGGCUGCUUUCCUGCUUAUACACUGCUGCGCUCUUUUUCUCCGUACCUUUGUCACUUGCCGUCUGGUACAUUAGAAGAGAACUUUUCCAGGAAACGACAGUCGCCGGUGACUAUCAGGUAGCUGCUACUCUUCCAAUGCAUGUGGUAAUUAUUCAUCCUGAACUGUGGAAUGGGGGUUCAGAUCGUUGUACAGUAGCGCUCAUACGCCAUUUUGUUUCUAAGGGCUAUAAGGUUACAUGGCUUACUACCAUGAUCGAUGAGUAUUGGAGCGAUCACAAUUUCGAUGGCGUCGACGUUCGACAAGUUGGUCUUAAGCUUCAUCCUGGUGAUUGGUGGAGUCAAAAUGUCGCCCUUGGUUGGUACCUCGUAUUGAACAACAUCGAACCAGAUUUGGUUGUUGUCGACCAUUCGGCAAGUUGUGUCCCACUAAUAAAAUGGCGCUAUCCGUGCUGUAAAGUGUUGUUCUAUUGUCAUUUCCCUCAACAACUCGUCACACCAUCUAGGUUCUUCUUGUAUAGGUGGUAUUCGAGUUUGAUCGGUCUCAUCGAAGAGCAUCUCUUUAAGCAAACCGAUGUCAUAAUGGUAAAUAGUCAAUUUACAGCUUCACAGUUUAGUCGAGUAAUGCCGCGCAUCGAUAAGAGUAAAAUUCGAGUCGUGUAUCCCCCAUGCGACGUCGACUCAAUUGUCAUAUCGGCAGAGAAACCGAUGAGUCGUCGAGAUCGGCCGCAAAACGACGUUUACGUGUUUAUGUCGAUGAACAGAUUCUGGCCUGAGAAAAGGCUUGACAUUAUAGUUGAGGCUGCCUCGUUACUGAAGAAGCGCGGGUACAAGUUUUUGGUGCAACUCGCAGGUUCGGUAAUGCCACACAUUCCUGAGAGCCGAAUAUACUAUGAAUUACUACAGAAGAUGACUAGAGAUCUCGAUGUUUGUGACGUGGUACACUUCAUUCCGUCACCAUCCGAAUGUCAAAAAUUUGAGUUGUAUCGACAGUGCGACUCAACACUCUAUACACCACCCAACGAGCACUUCGGUAUCGUUCCUAUAGAGGCAUUGGAUCAACGGCGGCCGGUGAUCGUUUGUGACAGCGGUGGACCAGCUGAGACGGUUAUAGAAGAUGUUACCGGCAACAAGAUAGGGAAGCCGACGGGGGAAUUGCUUGCUGAAGCAAUGAUGCACCAUAUCAAAAAACAAGACUGGCCAGCGCUCGACUGCGACGAGACCUACAAAAAACAAGUAAACAUUCCAAAAAAAAAGCAAAACACUGUAGUUCAUGCACAAAAUUUACAAAUUUUAUAA